AUGCCUAGCGCCACGGGUCAGAACUGGGAGAAGUACCAGAAGAACUACGCAGACGAUGAGGAACCAGAGAAGAAGAUCACACCUCUCACAGAUGAUGACAUUGCAGUACUCAAGACCUACGGUGCCGCACCCUACGCGAAUGCGCUGAAGAAGCUCGAGAAGGAUAUCAAGGACAAACAAAACAGCGUCAACGAAAAGAUCGGUGUUAAGGAAUCCGACACCGGUCUUGCACCUCCACAUCUUUGGGAUGUUGCUGCCGAUCGACAACGCAUGGCAGAGGAACAGCCACUACAGGUAGCAAGGUGCACAAAGAUUAUCCAGGAUGAGAAGGACUCAGACAAGAGCAAAUAUGUGAUCAACGUCAAGCAAAUUGCCAAGUUCGUCGUCAACCUAGGAGAGCGCCUCCGCAGUGUCGACCGCAAUAAGUACCAGAUCAUGUUGCCUUUGCCGCCAAAGAUCGACCCCAGCGUGACCAUGAUGACGGUUGAGGAUAAGCCUGAUGUGACAUACGGCGAUGUUGGUGGAUGCAAAGAACAAAUCGAGAAGCUACGAGAAGUCGUUGAGAUGCCUUUGCUAUCGCCCGAACGUUUCGUGAAUCUCGGGUGCUCUGCUCUACGGACCCCCGGCACUGGAAAGACCCUUUGUGCUCGUGCCGUUGCCAACCGAACGGAUGCUACCUUCAUUCGUGUCAUCGGUAGUGAACUGGUGCAGAAGUAUGUUGGCGAGGGCGCACGGAUGGUUCGUGAGCUUUUCGAGAUGGCCCGGACCAAGAAGGCAUGUAUCAUUUUCUUCGAUGAAAUUGAUGCCGUUGGUGGUGCACGUUUCGACGAUGGAGCUGGUGGCGAUAACGAGGUGCAGCGUACUAUGCUGGAACUGAUCACGCAGUUGGAUGGUUUCGACUCUCGGGGUAACAUCAAGGUUAUGUUCGCUACCAACCGUCCGUCCACACUCGACCCAGCCCUGAUGCGUCCCGGUCGUAUCGAUCGUAAGAUCGAGUUCUCGCUGCCGGACGUCGAGGGCCGUGCCAACAUCCUCCGAAUCCACGCCAAGAGCAUGUCCGUCGAGCGAGACAUUCGAUGGGAGCUGAUUUCACGAUUGUGCCCCAACGCUACAGGUGCCGAGCUGCGCAGUGUUGCAACUGAGGCAGGUAUGUUCGCUAUUCGGGCUCGCCGCAAGGUGGCCACUGAGAAGGACUUCCUGGCCUCUGUGGAGAAGGUGAUUAAGGGUAACCUCAAGUUCAACUCGACGGCGACCUACAUGCAGUACAAUUAG